GAACAGGCCCUAGAGCGACUGAUUGUGGAAAGGCAAAAGUCAUCUGUGUCAAUAAACAACAGAAAAGGCCGUCACGGUCAAGUCGGUUCUUACACAGUACCAUAAAUGGUUUGAUCUGUCGUGUACUAGGACCAUCGACGACGGUGCUUCAUUUUUUUCCUUGACCUACCCAAUUGUUCUUGAACAAACCUACCUAUCCACUCACGUCUCACAUGACCGCGCGCGAUCGCCGACGUUUACGGACUUCUCGCGACUCUUUCAGGGCCUCCCGCCACUCGCAUUCCAUGUCACCACAUCGACUACAAACGCCAAAUCCAACAGAGCCCCGACCGCACAAAACAUGAGUCUCUCCCCCCGGGUUCUAGGACGGGCGACAUGUUAUCGCCGCCCGUUGAUCGUGUUACGACGUGCACAUGUCGCAAACUCUCGACCACACAAGUCACAAACCCUUCAAUGCGAUUCCAAGACCCAACACAUCUCUGCCUACACACAAUUGCGCACUCUCCGAUCCUUCAGUUCAACUCCAGCUACCACCGCGGGCAAACGGAAAGAUAACGGUAGCGAUGCUCUCGUUCAAUACACGGUGCAAAAGGGCAGGGUCUGGCUACCCGACCGCGAGAAGUGGAUCCGGCCUUGGAAGCCCGACGACAUCGAGACUUUUGCAUCCGGUUGGAUUCGGGGAGAUUCUCUUUCCCGGGUUUUUAAGCGGAUGGGGAGGGAUGACGUGGACCUAGACGAAGUGGCUUUUUACAAAAAACUUAUUGUCCAGCUGUGUCGUCAGCGCGACCCUUCGUUGCCAUCCGACACGCACAAAUUCGACUGGGGUCCGGGUUAUCAUGAUGUUCAGGGCAUUGACCAAGCAGAGGAGCGACGCAGGCUUCUCAACGCCAAGAUCAAACGCCGACUCCGCUCAAUUUAUGACGCGCUGCUCGACUGCUAUCCCCAUCCCGAAUGGGUCGCGGGUUUGCAGAAAAAGAGCCCGAACCAGUGGAUCGACCAGAUAGUGGACAUCCUAUCCGAUCCUGUCAGAGAAAUUCUGGCUAGUCCAUACCCACCGACCAUUGCCAAGCUCAAGGAGCUUCCAUGGCUCGAGGUGAAUGAGCAGAGCGCGGGCGUUGAGCUGGGCGUCUACGGCCUUAUAGAGCGCCCAACCCAAAACCAAAGUUAUAAGACCGAAGAUGCCAGUCUCUAUGUCGGCUCAGCAGCUUCGCACAGAGGAGGGCUACUUUUGCGUCUUGUAACCCACUAUUUUGCCCGGCACAAAACACUAGGUGCCAAGAGUGCGACCUGGAUCCAAGACGCCGCCUUGAACCUUACAAUGCCCAAGUUCCCUUUCAUUCUUCUGCGGCUUCCCAAUCCCAUGGCCUCCAAGACUCCCAUCAAGAAUCUGGAGGACCUGCAACUCAUCGUUCUGGCCGAGGCAUUGUUCAUGGUGUAUCUCGGAGCCAUGUCGACGUUUCAGGGCAAGCAUCACCCUCUUGCACGGGCAAGCCCGUGGGACGUCGAAGACAUUGCGUAUCGAGGAGUCUCGGGCGCCAAUCCCCUCUGGGAAGCGUACGGUGCCGCGAAGCUGCAAGAGCAUGGUCACGAGCAUGACAGACGGCUGUUUGCUCGUCCCAAUGAGUGGCCUGGCUGGCCCGCCAAGAACCAGAAGAACGUCAAGUCGCAAAAAGACAGUGAUGAUGAAGCUAUCGCGGCCAUCCUUGCGGCGGCCAAUAUCAAGGCCUUCCCUGGAACUCUUGGGUCGCGUUCGUCGUCUCAAAAGUCUCAAAAGAAGGCUUCCGUGCCUGGUGGUAAGGGUCGGUAGGCAAUCACGGAAAGUAACGAAGUAGUAAUACUAGGAAACCGAUCUAUGAUGCUAUUCGGCGACCUUCGAUUAUCGGGCAUCCAUAAAUGUCACCAUAUAAUAAUCAUCAAGACAUCCCUGACUGAUUCUCGACAGAGCUAAGUGUAAAGACGAAAGACUAGCAAUUGCAGUGAACAGAAUCGGAAUGGCUUGCCCCGAGCCCGGUUCGGAUGAGGGAGGAGACGGGAGUGUACACCUACACAGCCGCUGUCGCAGUCAAGUUCGGAUGGCUGUGAGAUCUUUACCCCAACUUUCCCCGCACAAAGGAAUGUCGUCCCGUCUAGCAGCCCCACCGACCCCAACUCUCUUGGCGAUCUCCGCAUGUGUUCCCCAAAUCACCCCGAAUUACUCCAAAACUGCCCUGAAGCGACUCCAAAAGAUCCCUGCAAUCUCCAAAUGUC